UUAUCACCUUACCACAGUACGGGCAUAAGAUUUAAUUUCGCAUAAAUACAAACAGAAAAUCUGUACUGUUUGUAUUAGCAAAACGACGUCGACAGAUUAGAUUAAGAAUUAGUUUAAUUGUAACCGGCAAGGUGUUCGAAGCAACCGAAUAACCAAUCGAAAGGUAGCCGUCAGUAUUUUUUAUCGCGAAAUAGUGUUAUAAAAUCAAAUAGGGUAAUGUAAAUACACAUAAAGUCUACUGGUGUUUUACUCAGAAAAUAUUCGUUGAAUAAAAGCAUGCCGGAGUAUUUGUUGUGACGUUUUCGUAAAUGUUUGGAUUGUCUGAUCGAACACAGACUUGAAGAUUUAAAAUAAAUCGAUUAUUUUCCUCUUAAAACAGACUCUAGUUAGUUUGUUGUAUAGUUACAAAGCUGAAAAGAAGAUUUAUAUCGACCAUAAAAGCGUGCUGUUUGUUUAGCUGGCUAUGAAAAUAUGAUCACUUUUGUUUAUUGCUACAUUUGUUUGUUAAUUGUUUGUUGCCAGACGACCAGGAUCGAGAGCGAAGAAAAUUACAUCAACAAUGACUCUCCCGAUACUUUGCCAAAAGUCAAACUUUUGCAUCACAAAGUGGGGUCAGAUGUCUUAAUGAAAUGUAAUAGCAACAAUAACAACCACAACAAGGACAAUAUUACCUGGGAUUUUAAGCCUUGCGAUAGCAACUACAAAGGAAUCCAUUGUGAAGGCAAAAACAUGUACCAACUAGACUACAGCGAAGGCCAGUGGAAAAAACUCGACUACAAUCGAAAACGCAAGAAAUUGGAAAUAAAAAACGCUACUGCAGAAAACAUUGGUCUCUACAGGUGCCUUUAUAACGAAACAAUAAUAAAAAUUUAUAUUGUGGAUCUCGUCGUUUCAGCUAAGUACGCUGGAACCAAACCUGAGGUUCUUUCGGUGAUGGCGUCGCCGAAUUCAACCAUAGUACCGACUUCACAGGUGGUAAUUCAGUGUAAAGUGAAAAGUGAGAUACCCCCGGAAAUAAGAUGGUUCAAAGAGUGUACUACACGGAGUUGUGAAGACUUUUCGAGGUUGCGAUACGACGGCAGUUGCUAUUGUAGUCUAGAUACAUCGAAUCCCGGGGCUUAUCCCAGAGGCGAUAGUAACAUUUACAUGAGCAAACUUUUUAUCCCCAACUCGAGUAACGGUGAUAGCGGGACGUACGUUUGUGUUGUGAUCACCGUGUAUGGUGAAAAUCACAAAAAUGUUACUAUUAAAGUGGGUGAUAUGAACGAUAAUGUCAAUAAUAGUGGAAACUCAAUUAAUUCGUUUCGGUUGUUGUUCCUAAUACCGUUGUUUUUCGUGCUUGUGCCUGUUACUAUAUGGUUGGGGUUUUACAGAAGGAAAAAGAAAAGUCGGCGACAGCUCCAUGAGCAUCAGAAGCAUCAGCUUAUUCAACCCGUUAUUGAGCUUUGAAGCCGUUUGAUUAUCUCAUGUAAAGUGACUGUUAUUUGUGAUACUUUCUUUUAAUAAUUAAAAAAAAAAAAACAA